AUCCUGGAGCCCGAGGUCCUGAAAUCGAUGGGCGUGAGCAACCCGCACACCACGCACUGCCUCCCCAACGGCAAGGUCAUGAUCUCGACGAUGGGCGACGAGCACGGGCGUGGCAAGGGCUCCUUCGCCACCUUCGACUCCGUGUCCUUUGAGCCUCUCGGACUCUGGACCAAGGACUCCUCCGACUACGGCUACGACUACUGGUACCAACCCACGCACGACGUCCUCAUCUCGACGGAGUGGGGAUGCCCCCUCUCCUUCUCGAAGGGCUUCGACCCCAAGGACGUCGCCGCAGGGAAAUACGGGACGCACCUUAACGUAUACUCGUGGAGUGAGCAGCGACUUCUGCAGCGCAUAGACCUGGGUUUGGAGGGCGUGAUGCCCCUGGAAGUGCGGUUCCUGCACGACCCGCUCUCCACGCAGGGCUUCGUCGGCUGCGCCCUCUACGCCAACGUCUUCAGGUUUUACCGCAAGGACGACGGGACGUGGGCAGCGCACAAGGUGAUCAGCAUCCCCCCUAAGAAAGUGGAAGGCUGGGCAUUGCCUGAAAUGCCAGGUGUGAUGACAGACAUCCUCAUCUCCCUGGACGACCGCUUCCUGUACUUCAGCAACUGGGCCCACGGGGACGUCCGCCAGUACGACAUCACGGACCCCGAACACCCCAAACUCGUGGGCCAGAUCUUCCUCGGGGGCUCCAUCGUCAAAGGGGGUCCCGUCAAGGUGGUGCACGACGUCGAGCUCAAGGAACAGCCCGACCCCGUGUACACAGGCCGUAAGCUGGAAGGAAGCCCACAGAUGCUCCAGCUUUCCUUGGAUGGGAAGCGUCUGUACGUGACAGACUCCCUCUUCUCUCCCUGGGAUCGGCAGUUCUACCCAGAGACCGUAGCGUGUGAUAACUGUGGAACUAGAAUGUGGGGUGUGAUAAACUAUGGAACUAGAAUGUAG